ACCCGAACCGAAUCGAAAUCACCCAGAAAAAAACCCUCUCUCGUGCUCAAACCCAGUCACGCCUCUCUCUCUCUCUCUCUCUCUCUCUCUUCCCGGCCAAAACCCUUCACAAAACCCUAGAAUUUUCGUUCCGUACCGCUGCUUACUCUCCAGAUACGGGGGAAGAAUCAGUGCAGAUUCGUUGUUCAUCAUCAUGAUGGCAGCUUCCCGUAGGCUGAGAUACUCUAAUCUCAUCUUAUACAGAUCCCUUUCCAGCGAUUGCUCAGCAGCGUUGCCGCCCUUCUCGACCAAGUUACGUUCCUUCACCUCCACCGACAUCGAUUGCGGUGGCGGCGGUCGAGGAGCGCGAUUCUUUAGGACCGCAUCGGAAAACAAGCCUUCGGUCACGGGCAAAAAUGAUAGCCGCGUCCAUGAGUACGAGGAUUGCCAGAGAAUGUUGCCCAACAGGGACCGUCGAACCCCUCCGGAACCCAUACCCAACCGGCCGUUGCGGGCGGAGAAACCCAUCUAUCAAUCUGAUCAAAAUCUCCCAUCCCGGGGAAGCCAUGGCCCCCGCCUCGGGGGAUACGAGAGAUCAACAACCGGCACUAGCAGUGAACUUUUCCGAUUCGAUAAGUUCGGCGAUGACAGCAGCGACAAGGAGGAAAACACCAAGAAGCAGCAGCAAUACCCUCGAUUUUCGCAACCAAAACCAUCUGGUUUCGCAGGCGAGAAUCAGGGCCGCGAUUUUCUUGAUAAGUUUGGCGUUGACAGGGGCGACAAGUGGGAAAACACGAGGCAGGGAUAUCCCCGGUAUUCGCAACCAAAAUCAUCUGCAUUUGAGGGCGAGAAGCAGGGCCAUGAUUUUCUUGAUAAGUUCAAGCUGGGGUUUGAUAAAGGGGAGAAGCAGCUUCCAGCAAGCGUCGAAAAGGAAGAGGGAGGAGGAGAGAUGAAAGCAGCAGCAGCAGAUGAAAAGUUGCCACCUCCCCCGGAUGCAGACGAGAUCUUCAAGAAGUUGAAGGAGACCGGUCUCAUUCCCAAUGCCGUGGCAAUGCUCGAUGGCCUCUGCAAGGACGGGCUAGUCCAGGAGGCCAUGAAGCUUUUCAGCCUGAUGCGCGAGAAGGGCACUAUCCCGGAAGUGGUGAUAUACACGGCCGUGGUGGAAGGUUUCUGCAAGGCCCAGAAACUCGACGAUGCUAAGAGGAUUUUCGGGAAAAUGAAGAGCAACGGGAUUUCCCCUAACGCGUUCAGUUACGCGGUGUUGAUUCGGGGGCUCUGUAAAGGAGAGAGAUUGGAGGAUGCGGUAGAGAUUUGUGUGGAAAUGCUGGAUGCUGGUCACUCGCCCAACUUGGCUACCUUUACGGGUUUGGUCGAUGCCUUUUGCCGGGAAAAGGGUUUAGAAGAAGCUCAGAGCGUAAUCAGAGCAUUGACACAGAAAGGGUUUUACUUCGAUGAGAAACUUGUGAGAGAGUAUUUGGAUAAGAAAGGGCCGUUUUUGCCGCUUGUUUGGGAGGCUAUCUUUGGGAAGAAAAGCUCAGAGAAAUUGUUCUGAGUUUUAUUCUCCAGUUGUAGAUAUUCCUGGCAUGCAUCAAGCUUCAGGACCAGGUAGGGCAAGAAUAGAUGCUGCGGCUCAGGCUAUGCAGGGUUGGCCUCUCAGCGUCUUCUUGGGAAUGGUGAGGUUGGGUACCCACUUAUAAAGACUCCACUUUUGUUUAGGACAAAAACUCAAAUUCUACUCCCAGGGGUGAAAAGCAGCUUAAAAGCAUUGGUUUGCUAAAGUGGGAAAGGCUAUCCCUUGUUGAACGAGCUGUCAAAGCUGGACGCCUGAAAGCAUCAAGGCUAAGUUGUGAGCCUACCUGGCUACCUUCCAGGAUUGAUCCCCAUCAGUCCUCUACUGUGGUUACCCUACAUGGCCAGCUGUUUGUGCGAGUACCAUUCAAGCAGUUGGAUCUGUAGUUGUAGGGAAGAUUAUACUUCAUGGGAGUAGUUUGCUCUGACCACCUUUGCACAUAGAAUCAGGGACCUUUUGGGGCAUUAAAUUCAGCUUUUGUAUGCAAAUUUUUGUUAUGCAUCUCAUUCUAAGCAUUUGAGCAUCUCCAAUGGCAUGCCAAACCUCCGGCCAAAGCCAAAAAAUGGCUUCAAGGCUACUUCGCACCUCUCCAAUGGCAGGCCAAAGCAGGAGCCAAAAAAAUGGCUUGGCGAUUUCUUUGCCCGGGAAAUGGCUCUGGCCAUUUUUAUCCAUUGGCUGGGAUGGGGAGUGAUCCUAUGGUUGUGAUGUGGGAGUGAUCCAACGGCUACAAAUCAAGUUGUCCAAAAAAAAGUAGUAGUAGCUUUGGUACCAUAGGAGCCAUUUUGCCAAAGCUAAGCAAAAUCACACAGUAGCAAUCCAAAAAUAGGUUUGGCUUCCAAAAAUCAGCUCAAACCGCUAGAGAUGCUCUAACCAUAUUGCUAUCUUUUAUAGUUGGAUAAGUGAUUUCUUGCUUUUAGGGUGCCUUUGUUCUUAUUAGUGAGAGAUGUGAAUUAUGAUUGUUUAAUCAUGGUUUUAAUGCCGUUAGGAACCACUGCAAAGCUUGCAUUACUGUAGAGAAAUGAACGGUAUACUAAUUUUUUUCCCAGGCAGAAUUUUAUGAACUCUCUCUUUUAAUUCUAGCUUUCUGACCGUUUUAUUGCU